AUGGAAAUUAUCAAUGUUGUCGGGGUUUAUCCAUUGCGAGAAGAGGCCGGUCUGUUCUCAACUGGUACAAGAGCAGUCCAGCGCACAUGCAGAGUAUCGGCUAAGAUGUACACAUUAGCUGGGGCAAGUGGCAGGGCUGUGCCUUCCGCAUUGACGCCGCCGCCACCACAAUUCAAACCACCACAGAACAGAUCAAAGCGAGCAGAGCACUUGCCUUGUGCAUUGACAACAUCGACAGUCAAAUCAACGCCCAAGUUUCCUGUCGCCACAAUCAUCCAUGGCCGCUCGCUUUUCUUGAGCUAUGUCCGCUCAGCCAUCCAGAUUCUGAGUGCCUGCCUUGCCUUGCCUUGCCUUCUUUGUAUCACAGCCCUUUUUUUGCACAGCCCGUCUACCCAUCAAUUCAGAGCCACAAAACACACUUCUCUCACAACCAGAAUGCCAGUCGGAAUGGAGCAUCGUGCUCCACGAGCCACGGGCUAA